CUUGCGAUUGACCUCAAGCCUCUCAUGAACUUUUAGCAAUGUCCCAUACUCUCAAAUAAUAACGAUCUUAUUUUGAUAUCCGACCCACAACAAUAAUGUCAUCCACCCCCUCUACGCCGCGAACGACGCGCACCGCGUCUCGCGCCAAUUCACCAGAGAUGCUCACGCCUGGACGAAAAAUCAAGGCCAUGCUAGCGGCCUUCGACAGUGACUCAGAUGUCGACAAUGAAGUCACGACAUCCAAACCAGACCGAUCCACUACCACACUCAGCAACGCGCUGAAAAACAGCACUAUUUCUACUCGCCCUACAACCACACUCGAGUCAGACGGGGAUGAUGACGAGGACGACAUUGUCAUGCCCAAAGGCCGCAUGGCUGCUCGCCUGCAGGCUCAGGCUCAGAAUCAGAAUUCUAGCGCGUCGACUCCCGGGCAGACGGCUUUCGAACGGGUCUCAAAGACACUUCGAACGGAGAAGCAAGACGCGGACCGUGACGCGGUGAUGGAUGAUGCUGACGAUUCUAAUGAUGAUCUUCCUGCGGCUGGUCCGGGGAGGAGAGGCAGAAAAGCUGUCGCGAGUAUGAAUCCGAGAAUUGAACAAAAUGAGUCGGAUCGGUCGCCUUCUCCGGCGAGGUCUGACUCUCCCUUGUUCGUGUCGUCUCCGAUGAGAGAGCGGGAUGAUGCUGAAAGCCAGGCAGGAUCGGGAGAUGAUAUCGCACAGCCGAAGGCUAAUUCUCGGUUCCUGGCGCUUGUUGCCCAGAAACGCAAGGAGCGUGAGGAGAAGGAGAAAGCCGAGGCUGAGAAAAGAGCAGCAAGAGCGAAGCAACAUGAACAGUUCAGCUCACAAAUUCAUUCUGGUAGUGAGAGUGAGGGUGAGAAUGGCUCUGGACGAAAAUUGACGCAACAAGCGCGUCCAGCUAGAAAAGCCAGCAAGAAGGCCCUUGAGGAGAUGAAUCGUGAGACGCAGCGGAUGAGCCGGAAUAUGCAGCUAGCGCAUCAGGCACAGACGAAGAAGAAGAUCACGAAAGAAAGCUUUUUCGCUCGGUUCAAAUCCAAACAAUCAGUGGAGCAGACUGUGCCUGGUCCGUCAGGAGAAAACUCAUCCACUACGGCCGGCUCUUUGAACUCAUCUGAUGUCGAGGCGCAAAAGGACAAAGAGACACCGCGUACGUCACCUGUUCUGGGUCCAGCUGGUAAGGCAUCUGGUCAAGACAUCAGCAAGGAAACUGAGAUUGCGGAGAUUGAGGAGUUCCCUACCUUGGAGGAGAUCCUUGCGAACCCGCGCCCGCAGCCUGAGCAACCUGUCGUUGUGAGGAUGGAAAUUGAUGAGGCCACCACGCAGCCUGAAAAGGUAUCAUCCAAGAAGACCAGGAGAGAAUUAACUGUUCCGCCCGUUCGCGUUCGUCUCACGCGGGAAGAGGUCGCCCGGCAACAGAAGGACGACUCGGAUAGUGAGCUGGAGAUCGUCACAUCUCCUGCCAAGGCCAGACGCAUUGCAGCGUUUGAAAACGUCCCAGCCAGGAAGGUUCAGGAAUCAGCUUCCUUGAUCAAGCUGAAAGCCCUUGCGCACCUUACAUCCCCCACAAGGAAAUCCACCAUGAACCCCGCUCAGUUGUCAGCUACUGUACUAUUCAAGGCGAGGCAGCAAGCUGCAAAGGAAAGACAGGAUAGGAUCCAGGAACUCAGGGCCAAGGGUGUUCAUAUCGAAACCGCCGAAGAGCGCGCUGCUAUGGAGGACGAACUGGAAAAUCUGGUGGAGAAGGCACGGAAAGAGGCUGAGGAUAUCGCAAAGAUGGAAAGAAAAGCAUUCAAAGGCAACGACGAAGACGAUGAUAAUGAUUGGGACUAUUCUGGCUCAGAAGAAGAGGCCGAUGAAGAAAACGAGAAUGAGGACGAGGAAGAGAAUGCAGAAUCCAAGCCUGCCGCAGAACAGGGGCUUAUCGACUCUGAAGCUGGUGAGAGCGAUGAGUCAGAAGACGAUCAGACGGAAGUUAUGUCGGUCGAUGAGGAUGUGCCAACGCAACGACGAAAGCGACCUACCAGGACAGUUAUUGACGAUGACGACGACGAUGACGAUGAGACAGAGCCAAAAACCCCUGCGAAAUCCGUUGUGACUCCCACAACACGUUCUGUUGAACGGCCGCAUCUCCCCACCCAGAGCUCAAGCAACCUGAUGAGCUUGACGCAGGCCUUCGCAGGCACAAUAGCUGGCAGCCAUCAAGAUAACGAAGGAGGCAGCUCUACAAUCCCUCAUUCUCUCCCUGAACCGGGCCUCGACCGUCAAGAAUCCGACUCGCAGAUGAUCAUCAAAGACAGCCAGGAGUCAAGGACAGAGUCUGCCGAUUUGCUAGCAGGAUAUGCCCAAUCUGAUGCACGAAUUUCCGAGUCCCCUGCUCCGCGCUCUACCCAGCCUUCACAAGUCCCAGAUCCCACCCAAGAUGCCGGCUUCGUGUUCUCGCCCUUUGAUCCUUCCAAGCGGUUCCUCGGCACCCCUCAGUCUACCAUUGAGACGGUUGUUGUCAACCGAGACGACCACGAUAGCUCCCCCGCCCCCUCUCGGAGGAUGAAGCAGCUCAAGCGCGGACGAAUUGCCGACCUCUCCAUGAUCGAAGAGCAAGAGGAAGGCGAAGGAGAGGGGAGAGGGGACUUUGAGAUCGACGCCAGCGUCUUCAAUAUUAUGAAGAAGGUAUCGAAGAAGCCUGCUGUGCCCUUUGACCGCAACAAGAGCAAGGCCAAGGAUAUCGUCGAAGAAGCCGCCGAGGAGUCAGACGACGAAUACGCCGGGUUGGGAGGCGCCAGCGACGAGGACGAAGAUGCGGAAAACGCCUACGACAGACAAAUGAUCAACGACAAUAGCGGUGAAACAGUUGAUGAGAAGCAGCUGGCUGCUCUGAACGCCCUCCACCAACGCAACGCGGAUGAAAAACAAGUCGCCAAACUGCUGAAAGACAUCACAACCGGUGCCCUCCGUCGCCGACGCAACGCAGACGACGAAUUCGACCUCGAUGACUCGGACGAUGAACUCCUCGCCCGCCGUCGCGAGAAACAACGCGAGUUCGCCCGCAUGCGCAAAGCCCUCCUGGCCGACGAGAAGAUCGGAGAAAUCGCCGAAAACCCCAAGAAGGCCGCCUUCUUCCGCGCCGUCGAAGACCGUGACGAUGACGAUGAUGACAUUGGUUUUGAGUUCCUCGACGAUGAGCAGCAGCAGCAAGACUCGACACAAACCGACGACCAACCCUCCCAAGACACUGCCGCACCUCAACCUCGCCCCAACACAACCACCACCGCCAUCAACACAAGAAAACGCCCUCUGGAGCCCACCUCCGAGGAAACCUACAACCGCCCACCCCCUCACCUCCGGCGCAAACCCGCCAGCGCCAUGUCCAAGAAACCCGCCACGCUCGCCGAAAUCCGCGAGACACUCUCCUUCCUCACCGAAACCCACGACUACGAUUCCUUCCACGAGGACGCCUCCAUGGAGGACGCCCCCGACCACGACGAAGACGAAGACGAAGACAGCCGAACCCCAGAAUUCGAACAAGACCCCGACCAACAAGAACAAAUCCUCCCUCCAUCCCAACGCCUCCACCCCCGCCGCACCCGCGGCCCCGUCGUCGACCGUCUCGCCCUCCUCCGCCAAGCCUCUUCCAACUCCGCCACCUCCGCCUCCAACAGCACCGGAAACCGUCUAGCGUUCCACUCGGGCUCCGGCUCCGCGGACGGAACCGGCUUCACCCGUCCACCUUUACUCCGGAAGACCACUACCGGCUCUACCUCAUCUGCAACUAGCUCGACGAUAUCAUCUAGGGCUAAGUCCAGACAGUCGAGCACCACCUCGUCAGUGAGUACCGGGGGAGGAAGUGGAAGUGCAGGUGCAGGAGGGAAAAAGGGCGCGGUGAAUUACUAUACUGCGGCGCGGGAACAGGAACGGGAGAGACAGUUGCGGAUGAAGGAGAGAGGAAGCAAUGGAGGAAGGAUUUCUGCGUUGUUAGAUAAACAUGCUAAGAAUCGGUUGGGGGAGUUGGGUGGCAAGGGGCAAUGGGAGUAAGUUGGCUGGUUUAUCUCGGUCCUCAGUAGAGGGUUCCAUUUGGCGUUUAUUACUUUAUGACUGGUUUGCUUGGGUCACGGGGUAUGUGAAUCUGGAGGCGUCCUAUGGGUUUGUUUUGGGAAGCCUAUAGGGGAUAAGGCUGGGCGUUAGGGUUUGAUGUCUCGGCGUAGACUAAUCUGGUCUAAUCAUCUAUCCGUCAAUGAUGUAUAUUUCUGUUUGAG